CUUUAAUACAAUCAACAAGCCUGGAAGGAAAACAGAUAUUUACGAAUCUCUCUAGGAUAAUAAUUUUUGUCAAGUUUAUAUAACUUUCAAGUGUAUUACAUAUUUUCUAUAUUACGAAAAUUAUCGACCUAGAGUGUGAUAAUAUGUAAUACCAGAGAGAAAAUGAGAGUGCUCACACUUAUGGUUCUAAUUGUUUUCGGGUUAGUGCUGCACCACGCGGCCAAGUGCUGAAGAAACAAAUAAUUUUAAUAAUGGAUAUAAUAAUUGAUACGGAAGGCCAAGCAGAUUUAGUGACAAAAGAUCGUUUAGUAGACAGCGAUGAGGACGACUUAGACUUUGAAAAUAACGGUACAGAAUCGGUCAAAUUUUUUGACAUAGAGGAAGAUUUAAUCCAAGAUGAGAUUCCAAUACAGAAAGUGAUUCGCAACCCAACUAAGGAUAUCGAUCUGGAGGAGUUUGAAAAAGAUAUGGGUUGGUCAAACAAAACAGUAUCCACAAAAAGAUGGGUUCAUAGAGCAACUCCUGCUCCAGAUGUAACCCAACUGACAAAAGAAUUGACGUCGAUAGAUCAGAUACUUAAAAAAAGUGUCAUAACACCUGGUUUUGAACAGCUACAUGCUGUACCUCCUUAUAUGCUAAGUGAUAAAUUAUUAAAAGCUAGAAGACGCAAAGAGCGUGCUAAAACUAAAGGCGAAAAUUGGUUUAAUAUGCCUGCUCCUGAAUUGACACCAGAAGCCAGACAUGAUCUUCAAGUUAUAAGAAUGAGAUCAGCGUUGGAUCCGAAACAUUUCUAUAAAAAGAAUGAUCUUAAAACAAUACCAAGGUACUUUCAAAUUGGUAAAGUUAUGGAUUCGCAUUUGGAUUACUACUCCGGUCGUGUUACUAAGAAAGAACGUAAGAAGACAAUUGUUGAUGAACUUAUGGCUGAUGCUGAAUUUUCUAAGUUCAAUAAACGUAAAUAUAAAGAAAUCAUUGAUGAGAAGAGAAAAUUGCAUUAUAAAGCUCAUAGACAUGCAAAGAAACUUAAAGGGAAGAAGAAAAAAUAAAUACUAAUUGAAAAUAUUUAUUUUAACCUAACGUUUGUAAAAUUUGCAAUUAUCAAAUGAGUUAUAAAAAUUACAAAAAUCUGUAUAUUUAAAGAA